GACCUAUUAAUCGGAUCGAUGACGCGGUGGGUGGAAUGCGGUCCGGUUGGACGAUGGGUCCAGAAUCAGCUCUCCGUCUCGGCGAUCGGUCCCACUGCUCGCAACUGAAUGUGACGCGCCCAAAGCCGCGAUUCACACGUGCGAGGGCCCGUCCGGGAUGUACGCUGACGUCGUCUGUUCACCCCUAACGCAACCUCCGUCGAGCCCACCAACUGGUACCGUUAUAUUCCCUUGGGAUUUCAGGAAACGAUAUGAGAAAACGUUGCAUACGUGCAUCGUAUCGGACGCCCAAAACGCCCGUCAAUCAAAAGCGUGACGCCGGUCGGCGGACGAAUCCCUCUCCAAAAGAAAUCCCUCCUCUUCUCGGCCGGCCGCCGCCGCCUCUUCCGAUCCCUCCCUUUCUAUCCUCUCCCUCUCUCUCGCCCUCUUCCCGUCUCGUGCCGUCGCCAGCCUCCCUCGCUGCCGCGGCAAAGCCCAGAUCUUGGCGUCGACGAUGGAGGACGACGACGACGCCCUGUCCCCGUCGCGUUCGCAGUCCCAAUCCGCCUCCAGAUCCCCGUCGACAACGUCGUCGCCACCCCCUGUCUCCGUGGUGCCCCCCUCCUCAGACCCCUCGCCCCACGUACGCAACGGCCGCGUCGCGGAGCCCGUCACCGUCGCCGCGCCGCCGUACCAUGCCCUCGCCCUUGCCCUCUCCACACAGCAGCAGCGCCCCUCCCCCGCCGCCGUAGUAGGAGGAGGCGGCGGCGGCGGCGGGCGCGAGGACUGCUGGAGCGAGGGCGCCACCUCCACCCUGAUCGACGCGUGGGGGGAGCGCUUCCUGGAGCUCAGCCGUGGGAACCUCAAGCAAAACCACUGGCAGGAGGUCGCCGACGCCGUCACCAGCCGCGACGGCUACACCAAGACCCCCAAGACCGACGUGCAGUGCAAGAACCGCAUCGACACCCUCAAGAAGAAGUACAAGAUCGAGAAGUCCAAGAUCUCGGCCUCCGACAGCUCUACCACCUCCUCCUGGCCCUUCUUCCACCGCCUCGACCUCCUCCUCGGUCCCAGCCACAAGCCCACCGGCGCCCUGCCGCCCUCCAGCACCAAGAUACCCGCUGGCAUCCCCAUCCGGCCCCCGGCCCGCCUCACCCAGCUCAUCCCGCAGCGGCACCGGUCCAGCCACCCGGCCCUCAACAAGGCGAGGUCGUUGCCGCCAUCGGUGUCCUCCAAAUCAGCGGACUCGUCCGCGGACUCUUCCGACGGUUUCCCGCCGCCACCGCCGAAGGAAGCCAACGGCAAGAGGCAGCGCCAAGAGCCAGAGGAGGGAGAGGGGGAGGAGGAGGAGGAAGGGAGGACGGCGGGCCUGCGGGAGCUUACGCGGGCGAUACUGCGGUUCGGGGAGGUGUACGAGCGGGUGGAAAGCUCGAAGCUGCGGCAGGCAAUGGAGAUGGAGAAGCAGCGAAUGGAGUUCACGAGAGAGCUGGAGUUGCAGAGGCUGGAGUUUUUGAUGAAGACGCAGAUGGAGCUGUCGCAGCUGAAGAGCCACCACCACCACCAUGGUAGUAGUAGCAACAGUAGGAAGAAAAGGAUGGAUGUUGCAGGUGGCGGCAGCAACCACCACAAUCACCAUGAUACCAACAACAACAACAAUAGCAUCGACAACAGUGACAACAAUGGCUAGUGCAAGCUAAAGGAACCUCUUUGCUAGUCAGUAGUUAUCAGCAUCUCGUAGUCAUUCACCCCCAUCCAUAUCCUCCACCUCUCAAACAUCGAGUUGGAUGAUUGUAUUCUAAUCCUCCCUCAGCCUCAUUCUAUUUGAAUCUUAUGAAUUCUAAUCUAUGAAUGUGAUGUUUCUGACAA